AUGAGUGUCCGGGUGUAUGUUGAACUGAAGAAAGAGAAUAGGCAGUUCGGGAUGUAUCCGUUGUGUAUCACAACAACUGAUGGGACGCGUGAAUACAGUCUAUCAGGAGAAAUUGUUAUUCAAGGUAGCCUAGCAAUAGCGGAUACCAAUGGUAUUCUAGAAAUGGAUGCUAAUGAUUCGGUAGCACUGGCGGCAUCAGCUUCUAGUAAGGAAAUAGUUAUAUUCGGAAGAGAGAAUGAUUUGAUCAUUUCAAACCGUAAUCAGAAAGAAGUCAUGGUAAAUCAGGUAUACAAUGAUAAGGAAACUUUGAAAGCUGUGAUGACGAAGUAUGCUAUUGACAAUAGAUUUCAAUUCCGAACAGAGAGGUCAAAUUCUGUAAGGUAUCAACAGAUCAGCUAUGUUCAAAAUCAGAGAGUUCGUGGAGAAACAUACAUGCCAUUGAAGGAUAAGGUGUAUACGCAACAUCAAGCUAGUGGUGGUUUUAUAGCUAGCAUUAUUAAGCCAAAAUUUAGAAAUUAUAAGAGAAAGUAUGUGCCUAGUGAUAUAGUAGAUGAUGUUAAAAAUGAUUUUGGGAUGGAUGUGCCAUACAUGAAAGCAUGGCGUGCUAAAGAAAAGGCUAUGACGGAGCCGGGAUACGUAUACAUUUUGGAUAAAACAUACCCAGGUUCUCAUAUAAGAAUGAAGAAAACAUCUGAAAAUGAGUUCUUGUAUCUUUUUGUAGCAUUGUAUGCCUUUAUAAAGGGCUUUGAAUGUUGUCGACCCAUCGUGGUUGUAGAUGGCAGCCACAUCAAAACAGCAUACAAUAGGACAUUUGUUUCAGCAAGCAUGAUGGAUGGUGCAGUUCAAGGAAGCUUAUGGGCUACGGGAGAGCACCAUGUUGUAUCUAAUAGGCAUGAAUCCAUCAUCAAGGCUGUAUCCAAAGUAUAUCCUAAUGUUCCCCAUUUUGCAUGCAUAUGGCAUCUUUGGAAGAAUGUAUACAAUAAAUAUAGAAAAAGUCACAAGGUGCUGAGUGGGGUGUACUAUGCAAUGGCAAAAGCGUAUACACAGGAUGAGUUUGACAUGCUAAUGGAAAAGGUUGAGACGGUGGAUAUUCGUGUAAAGGAUUACUUGGAGCUAGCCGGAAAGGAAAAGUGGUCUAGGCUUUAUGCUCCAGUCAACCGAGCAUGGACAAUGACGUCUAAUAUUGCUGGGUCUAUCAAUUCAGCUCUCGUACAAGCAAGAGAAUUGCCAAUAUUUGAUUUUCUGGAAGAAGUUAGGAUUAUGUUUGGGCGCUGGAAUUACACUAACCGACAAAAUGGUUCAUAUACAUUCACAACACUUGGGAAGAAAUUCAAUGAAAUGCUUUCCAUUAAUGAGUGUAAAUCUGCACGCAUGACAGUUAGUUUCUGUGUAUCUGCAAUACCAUCAACCAAAUACGUGCACACGGUAAUUGAUGAGGGGCGGCGUUUCAUAGUUUGUAUUGAAAAGAAGACAUGCAGUUGCAAGGAGUUUCAGAUGGAGGAGAUUCCUUGCCCACAUGCCUGGGCUGUUCUUAAGAAAAAAAAUCUCACAGCCGACAACUAUUGCUCAAAAAUAUACAAACCUGAAACUGUGAUGAAGACUUAUGAUAUCCCAGUUUAUCCUCGACCCGAUGAGAGUGAAUGGAAAAUACCUGGAUACAUUUUGGAAGAGGUAGUUUUUCCACCGAGAUACAAGAGACCGCCUGGAAGGCCAAAGAAGAAGCGCGAUAAUUCUUUAUCUUAA